UUGCUUGAUUCACGAUAGAACUACUGCAUAUUCUUUCCAGAUGGUGGUCGGCAUAAUAAUAGGAAAAACUGAUAUUAAGCACUCCCCCGCCAGAAAAGAUGCUAGAGUGGACAGACUCCUUUUUGGCUUCACAAUUAAGGACUCUCCUGACUUCUUCAUCAAUGUGUUGGCCCUGGGAAGUGACGGUUACAUUAAUACGAUGUCCAACAGUUACAAUAUCGGUGAUGUUGUCACUAUAGAAAAUCCAUUGGUGGCCAUCAAAGAUUCAGAGAAGGAGGAAAGAUUCUCUCCGACGACACCAAGUCCCUACAGGCUGAUACUGUCAGAGUUUUUUUCUCAAGUGCAUCUUUGUGUGGACAUGGUCACCAAAGACCGCUUGCUGCCACUGAUUCACAUCCCAGUUAAGGACUCCAAGGACUUCUACAAUCUGGGAGAUAUCCAGGCCAGCGGGAAGAAUCUGGACGGAUCGUUCAUAAACAUACUCGCUGCUGUGAAAGGAAUCGGCGAGAUGAAACUAUUUCAGAAAUCAGAUGGAUCCCCAGGACAGAGGAUGGAAGUAAAGCUUUUUGAUGAAUUGGUCUCAUCCUUCUCACUGGUUUGGUGUGCCUCUCGCUUCAGUGUUGUGUAUUUGUGCUAAACUCUGAGACCUCUCCAGACUAACUUCCCGACCUCCGAUUAAUUCGCAGUUGGGACAGAGAAGCCAUUAAGCAAGUUCAGACUUCUGUGUGCAAAGGGAGCGGUAGGAAUGAAUGUUAUUACUAGCUGUCACGUCCUAUUAACAUUUCCAUACUAGACGCAAGCAUAACUGGAGACUUGAGAUGUUAUUUUUGAGAUAACUUACGCGUGUUUUGACUCGAUUCCUCGU